UUGGAAUAGCAGGUCAUCAACCGGUCAGGGACCAGUGAAUGAAGAUGAGGUGCAAAGGUUGGAUUAUUCAUGAAUAACCAAAAGGUUGGAUUAUUGUAAGAAGACCGCUAAAAGGUUGGAUUAUUAGUUUCCAUUUUCCCUUAUUUUUAUACCUACUACUGUUGGUCCAAAAUAGGACGCUCGUAGGCUUUUAGGAAAGCUACGUAAGAACACUCAAGCAGAAAUCAGGAAAGUAAUACGAGUAAGGAAGGUAGCUAGAGAGUUUGGUAGCCAGAAAUAGCAUGUCUGUAUUCGAAAUAUAACUUGCCUUUUAUAGGCGCUUACAAAUGGUAACUGCCGAAUAAUAAUGACUAAAUUAAUUACAAUAUUAAUACAAAAUUAAAUACAUGAUUAAUGGUGCAUUGAUUGCUGGCCGUUACGCUUCUUGGCUGGCUGGCUGGCGGGUCGGCCUGGCUGACGGUCCGGACGCUUGAGCUUCUCGGGCGGCAGGCUUCCGUCGGGCUGGAAGGCAGGCUCCUAGCUAGGCCGCAAGGCAGGCUUCCAGUUGGCCGGCAGGCAGGCCGUCUUGGGCUUCCACUCCGCUGGACCUCCACUCCCUAAUGGGCCCGGUUGGUUGGGUCGACUUGAUAUCUGGACCGUUGGGUCCACUAGCUGGGCUUGCCUGGCGAGACGACAGUCCUAGGCUUGGGCCUGCUUAUCCAAGUUUGGGGCAAAGUCUGAUUAGGCGUUGGGCCUAGUCCUAUGAUCCCAUCACGAGUCCCCCACUCCCUUAGUCGAGUAGUAGACUCGGCUAAGAGGGAGUAGUCCAAGUCAGCUGCCAAUUUAAAAAUGUUCACACACUAGGGAGUAAUAAUUGUGGAUUCUGUAAAUCCCACAACUUAUGGAAAUUUUCUAAUUUUAAAUAAAGCUCUCAGCUUUAAUAGGCUUCAAAUUAAUUCAUUCAACAUCCUAGCAUUCUAGCAGUCAGCUUUCUUCCAUACUCCAGAAUCCAGGUCAGCUUCCGAAUAUUCCUCAAAAUAAUUAUUUUCGGACCCCUAAAUUUUUUUUCCUUUUCCUUUUCCUCUCCUUUCCUUUUCUUUUCUUUUCUUUUCUUUUCUUUUCUUUCCUUUUCUUUUCUUUCCUUUUCUUUUCUUUCCUUUUCUUUCUCUCUCCUGGUUCCCUGCGUGCGUCUUCCUCGCGUCGCCCGCAUCGCCCAGCGCCGCAGUCAACUUGCCGGGCGGGUUGACCGCCGUUUUCCCUCCGGCGGUUCCACUGGGUCGUCUCCUCCGUGCAAGGCGGCUGUCCCGCGCCGCCCACCGGUGACCGACGUCGCCCACCGGUGACCGACGUCGCCCUGGCAGUCCGGCAAAUCUGGCCGGCUGGUCUGGUCGAGCGGGCUGACCGCCGCUUUCCCUCCGGCAGCUCUACUGGGUCGGCCCCGCCGUGCUAGGCGGCUAUUCCGCGCCGCCCACAUGUGACCGACGCCGCCCCGGCAGCCCGGCAAAUCUGGACGGCCGGUCUGGUCUCCUACCGCGUCCGGCUGGUGCGUCUCGCCUGGGCCGGCGGCCACCCCUUGCUGGUCGGCGCCUGCCAAAGGUUGGCGUCCUGGCUGGGCGCCCCUCUUGUCCAUCUCCGGCGUUAUGACUUUCGCGCAGCGCCGCCGUCAGCCCCCCAAGGUUGACCGACGCACGCGGCUCACCCCUCUGCCUUGCCGGGCUCUCCCACCAGCCGGCGGCUCUGACGGUGACAUGCCCAAGUCAGUCGGGUCCCCAUGUAGGUCCACGAGCCGCCCUGCGCCUUGGUUCUGAAAAUGACGGGCCGGGGUGAAGUCUCUAUUACCCGGGGCUCCGCGUUGUCCGGCGGUCUCCCCGGUGCUCUUCUUUAUCCGGACGGCAAGGUGGCUGCAACCCCCCUUUUCCUUCUUGCUUGCCAAUGACGUAAAUUAUCUGUGCGCGGGGUCCAACCUUCUUUCAUGAAGGCAACUCGCGGGUCCAUCACAGGCUGUUGCCCGGCGCCCCACGCGAGCAGUCCUCCCAGCGUCCAGCUCCACCUUGGCCGCAUAGAGUUGGUUGAGGCCGGCGGGCCGGCCGAUCGUCCUUCACCGGCAUGGCAUCGCCCCGGAAGUCGGCGGUUGUCUUAUUGCUGACCGGCUCCACCCCUCAUCCAGGUGGCCAUGCGGGUGUGAGCCCCCCUGUUGGCGCACUCCAAGUUGACGGGCAGGCUUAACGCCUCGUAUAUGCUAACUCACUUUUUUUUUGUUUCUGAUGUGCAGGUGGGCCCCAUCCCGUUUGACCAUGCAACACGGAGGGUGCUCUUCUCAUCAAAAAAAUGCUCAAGGCUCUCACACAGCAAUGCAGGUUGGAGUUCAGCCCCUCCCCAAGCCAUCAGACUCGGGACUGUCGGCCAUCACUGAAGGCAAGCAUGAGGCGGCCAUGAAACCCAUUCGGGCCAGCCGUGGCCCCAGACCACGUAUGCAUGUGGGGAAAGUUACCGGACAGCAGGCUGAGAUUCUCCCAGGGGUAGCCCCAACUAAGCGGGUCACCGUUUUCGAGGGCCGACUCCUCAACGUUCCGGACAGAGCGCGCACCCAACCCGUGGACGUGUCAGAUUCUGAUGAUGACUCUGGCGCUUGGGAAGACCCGAAUUCUUGGUGGGACCUCGACAAUAGCGGGAUAGUGAACCUCCCCCCUUGCGUCCAAGACGAGGACCUUGCCGUGGCACGCAGUCUGAUCGGUGCCGAGUGUUCAUCGAAAAUCCCGGAGGCUACUGAAGUACUGAGUGAUCCCCCGAUCCCUUAUUUUGGGGUCCAUAUCCGCUCUCUGGAGUUAGGGAUGGUUGUGCCUCUGCAUCCUUUUCUGGUUCGAUUUCUUCACUUCCUGGGUGUGGCACCGGGCCAACUGGCUCCGGCGGCUCACAUGUUCGUGGCAGCUUUCGUGGCGCGGUGCGAGGACGUGGGCCUCACUCCCACAAUCGAUUUGUUUUUUAGCUGCUUCCAGUGGCGCGCCUCCAACUUUUUUGCCUCAGUCUCCCAGAGGCCAGUGAGCAAGCUAUUCCGGUCGGGUUACCCUGACUCAGGUAGCCGAUGGAAGAAGAGGUGGAUCUGGGUGUCUGACCCUACCCUUCCAUCACCUCCUUUCCAGUGGGGUGAGCGGCUCCGGAAGUGUGAUCGGGUCGCCCUUUCCCCUGAUCUCAAGUCAUCCAUCGAGGUGUUGUCCGCAGGCGGCCCCCGCUCCAUCAGCUCAUACUUAGGUGAUCGUCACUCCCUCAGUUUAGGUUUGGCUAUUUUGUAUUUCACCUUACUCAUCCUCACAUUUUCUUCCGCAGAUGUGCCCGAUAGGCCUGAGAAACAUAUCGCCGGUGCCGAAUCCGAUGAUGAUGACGAAGAAGCCCAGCCAUUCAUCGCUCGUGUAGCUCCCACGGCCACCAAGGAGAAAGAGCAUGGAGCUCCCCCAAACCUUGUAGCACAGAUUCCGAGGAGGGUGAGGGUCACCUUUGGGCCUCAGCCUGCCGCACCAGCGAAGAAGAAACAGAAGAGGGAUAUUGUUGAUUUACUGGUCGAAUUGGAUGAGUCUGAUGACGAGGAGGUGGAGCCUCACUUAGCCACUGCUCCUGUGGCCCCCCAGGUCGCUGCGGGGACAGGGCACGGAGCCCCCCUGGGCCGAGAGGGGCAUGUUUUGGAAGGGGCGACUGUCACCCCGGAAUUCCAAUCUGCUGGGCAGGCGCAUGAAGAUGCUGGUGAGAAGAUGGCUGAGCGGGUUAGAUGCGACACUCAGCACACAGUUGUUUACACAUUCCCAUCUCCGGGUGCCUCGAUCAUGCACGAGGGCUUCCCGGUUGUGGACUAUGCCUCAGCGAUCUUACCGCCGGGUGACCUUGCACGUAUGACCUCACAGGGGUUUCAGCCUCUCCUGGAGGAUUCCAUUCGGACCCAUGUUGAUGGACUUGCUAAGACCAUUGGGGCACUUUGGGCAGCCAACCAUUCUCAGGCAAAGCUCCAGCGUGAGGUUGAUGAAGUUAGAGCCGCCCUACAGGCUAGGGAGAAAGCUUUCUCCGAGUUGCAACUUUUGCAUGCAAGAGAGCGUGAAGAAGUGGCCAAGAAAGCGAUUCUCGAGUUCAAGGCCUCCGACGAAUUCCAGAAAACCAUAUCUGACAGGGUGGAAGCGAAGGAAUCUGACUUAGUAAAUAAAUGGCUGAAGACUGACGAGGGGGAGUACUGGCAUGCUCGUGAAGUUCUGUACGCCUUUCAGUGUGGCAAAUACUUGACGCAGCGUAAAUUGUAUGAUCAGUUGGAGGGUCUCGGCCCUGACUUCUAUCCAUCCGUGCUAGGCCUUCCUGCCCGCAUGAAGAAACCUGAGGCUGCAAUAGCCCUCUUGCCCCCAGGAGUCUACCGCCAGGAGGAGGAGUCCGGUAACUCGAACGAAUGGUGCUGGUUCUUUCCAAGACCUUCGGAGGACAUGGUCCCCCUUGCAUCCGGUCAGCAGGAGGGAGCUCAAGAGUCCGGCCAAGACUUGGUUGCCAUGUUAGAUGAGAUUCCCGAGGCCAAUGGCAAUGGGCAUGUCCUGCCAUGACUUUGUAUUUUGC